CAUUGAUAUAAGCCAGCCUUUGCCCCCGGGUUCUCGCGCUCCAAAUCGGAUAAGGGGUGCCUUAUAGUCUCCCAACUCUGAAUUUGCCGAGUCUGACAAGGGCCACUCGGCUUUAAGAUUACAAACAUCUGAGAAAGGCUAUUUACCUGACUAGUUCGCUUUCAGUUGCUGUUCUUGUUUCUCCAAAACAUCCAAAACAUGACAAACGCCGACAUGUUCCCCGAAGGUUUUAUCCCAGUCGGCGGCCGUGGUGGACCUCCACCGCCUCGACCAGGAAUGGGAGGUCCUCCUCGCCCAGGGCCAAACAUGAUGGCUCCGCGCCCACAGCCACAUCCAGUGAUGGCCCAGCCCAACAUGGGGCAACCCAUCAACAGACUACCCAUGAUGUCACGCCUUGUUAAAAAGCGUAGCACGCACGAGAUCUCAGAUCUACGCGACGAGUUUCGCUCGCCCGAGGACUGCCGCGAUCGGUUGACGACAUACUAUGUCUUCCGCAUCGAACCGGUCGAGGGUGACGAGGGCCACACGGUCGAGGGAGAAAAAAUCCAAUCGACGUGGAUGAAUGCCCACGUCACCGAGAUCGAGGACCUGCCGCGCAAGGAGAUCAUCAGGCAAAUCCGUCAGCUAAACAAGGCAAGCGACAGUGGCGUCGCCGAGAAGAAGAAGGGUAUGGGCGCUGGCCAGCAGCGGCAGAUAGAAAAGGCACGCAAGAAGCUCGAGACGCACGAGUUAGUUGACCCUGAACAUUUCGAGAUCACUCUUGUUCAGUUGGACGACAAGCGCCGAGAGUUGACAGACAAGGAGUAUAAGAAAUAUGAGAAGAAGCUGCAUGGUGGCGCCAAGGCUGGAACAACGACCGUCACCACGGUGCUCAUAUCCAAGCCCAACGGACAGGUCAAAAAGAAGAAGAAGAAGAUGGAAAAGCGUGUCUCCAUCACCGCUUACUUCAAAAACGCGCCCAAACCUGGGGUAGAUGUUGAGGCCUUGCUCAAGGAGAGGGAGAUUGAGGAAGACAUCAAGGCUCAGAGGAUACAUCAUGGGAUUGAUGGUCUAUCGGGACCGCAUGAUUUCCCUCCAGAUUCCUUGAUGAACCAGAUGCCACGUUUCCCGCAAGGCCCUCCCCAGGGGCAGUUUCCCAUUCCAGGCCAGAUCAAUGCCAAUCUUGGACCGCCGCGUCAAGGGCCUCUUCCUCCUCGAAUGCCUGGAGGUCAGCCAUCGCGUCCGAUGCAAAAUGGACACCCUCAGCCACCUCGACCGCCAGUGGGUCGGCCUGGUCCUGCUGGUAGACCUCCGGCUGGUCGACCGCCAGUUGGUCGACCCAGACCCGCCAACCAGGGACGAGACGGCCGUCGGCGUGACCAGAGUGAUUCUUCCAGCGCCAACUCAGACUCGGGCUCCGAAUCAGACAGCGGUGGGUCCUCCAGCAGCGGGUCAUGGUCGGGCAGCGAGGAUGAAGUCAGCAUGCCAACCUCUCAUGGCUCCAUCUCUGACGGCCGGCGCAGGAAGCGUCAGAAAAGCCCCAAGAAAUAUGUUCGAGGCUCCGAGUACCAUUCCCGAUCCAGCAGCCGCAGACACAACCAUAACGACAGCGAGUACACGUUAAAAGCAAAUGGUGGCAGGCGUCAGCAGACUCAGACCCCUCGGAGGGAGCCGCAGAUAAUCAUGCCUCACGUACCCAACGCGCCAGCAUCUGCGCCCGUCAUCGUCCAGCACCCAAUGAUGCAGCAGCAGCAGCAUCAUCAACAAUACCAGCAGCAGCCAGUCCUUCACCAGCAGCAUCCCAUGGUUCCUGCCAUCGACAUCCAUGAGGCCUACAACAGGGGCCGGAUACACGGAAAAGCCGAGGAGCGAGAGGAGACGCGUCUGAUAGACGAGGCCGCCGCGGCAACCAACCGCAGGCUACCCGAAAGGUUGGCUACCCAGCCCCGCUACCUCCCAGGGCAACUGCCGGGGGUACGGCUGGUCGAGCCGGUGCGGACGCAGAGAGAGAUUGCGGCCGAAAUCGAGCUCGAAGAGCGAGAACGCAUCGCUGCGGCUGCAGUUGCGGCCGAGAGGAUCAGGGUGGAAAAGGAGAAACACGCCGCGGAAGCGAAGGCUCGCGCGGCGUGGUACCGGCAGCGGGAGGCGGAGCGUCAGGAAGAAGAAUACUGGCGCAAGGUUGAAGAACAGGACGAGCGAGAGCGGGCGGCCAGAUUGACAAUAGAGCGGGAGAGGCGCGCUUACGCUGCCUACAUGCGCGAUUCCUCUCCAGAUAUCAAUCCUUUUCCGAGACCGCAGCCGGCGAGGAAGCCGACGGUAUCAUAUCGAGAUCGGGACACAUACCAUUAUUAUGAGUGUUGAUGGGUUGGCUGGGUAUUGUGGUUUAUGUUGCAUAUGGGAAAAAGAAGGAAUCAGAACUGGUAGUUUUUGUGACUAUGGUUAAAUAUUGCGAUAUUGCGAGAGAUCAAUUAAUUAUUUCAUUCACUGGAA